CUUUUAACCGCUGUGCCACUGGCCAGUCCCUCUCCUCUGCUGUUUAAACACAAAAUCAAGAUGUCUUACAAAAAUGGGCGAGAAUAUCUUGUGUCAUUUUCUCCAUGUGGGCCAGAAAGGGGACGUGCCCUGUUUGAGGUCACACAGCUUCUAAGUGAUGCAACUCUGAUGAGAAUCCAGACCUAGAUUUCCUCCCCACCACCUAACCCCGCUCUGUUCCCUUGGUUUUCCUCCUUCCAUGAGACCUGCCUUUGAGUUUGGCCUCCCAAUGACAUCUGUCAACCUUGGAUUCUGUCAUAUGAUGAAUACAUACACCAUUAAGAAACAGCCUCUGCAUCAGUUUGUACAAAGACUACUUUUCCCACUACCUGCAACCUUAUGUAACACAGGCUUUGCCUGGUCGCCAAGUCACCAACUGAUAUCUUUAUAGGACAGUGACUUAAGCAAAAUGUAUAGGAAUUUAGUUUCAAUUUCUACUUCACCAAUGAAAUGACUCAACAUCAGUUAGCUGGAACUACAUGUGAGAUACAUGUUUAUUCAAACACAAGAUACCCCAAAUCCCAACAGUUUAAAGUUUAUUCCAGGAAAACCAGUUCUUGAAACAAGGACCAUGGAUUUUCCCACACCAGCUGCAGCAUUUCGCUCCCCUCUGGCUAGGCAGUUAUUUAGAAUUGAAGGAGUAAAAGGUGUCUUCUUUGGACCAGAUUUCAUCACUGUCACAAAGGAAAGUGAAGAGUUAGACUGGAAUUUACUGAAACCAGAUAUUUAUGCAACAAUCAUGGAUUUCUUUGCAUCUGGCUUACCCUUAGUUACUGAGGAAACAUCUUCAGGAGAAGCAGGAUCUGAAGAAGAUGAUGAAGUUGUGGCAAUGAUUAAGGAAUUGUUAGAUACUAGAAUACGGCCAACUGUGCAGGAAGAUGGAGGAGAUGUAAUCUAUAAAGGCUUUGAAGAUGGCAUUGUACAGCUGAAACUCCAAGGUUCUUGUACCAGCUGCCCCAGUUCAAUCAUUACUCUGAAAAAUGGAAUUCAGAACAUGCUGCAAUUUUAUAUUCCAGAAGUAGAAGGCGUAGAACAGGUUAUGGAUGAUGAAUCAGAUGGAAAAGAAGCAGACUCACCUUAAAAUAAUUUGAGUUUUCUUUGGGCCCAGCAAUUGGACUUGUUGAUAAUAUAUACCAAGCUUUUAUUAUUAAUCUGCUAAGGAACUUGAGGAUUAAUAAAAUAUGCUCUUUGUUCAGAGAA